GCUCCCUAGUCCGGAUCCCUGCACUCGGUGUCACGACGGGAGGAGACUUGGGACGUGUUCCUGCCUCGUCACCACCCUCCCUCACCCGAUCUUCGCGGUGCAGUGAGCACCUUUGCCAGUAGCCCCAGCUGAGGGGCCGAUCUGCUAGACUCGCACCAAACUCGUCCGCCCUGGGCUUGGGAUCCUGCACUCAAGGGACUCCUCUGGAGCCUGUGGACUUGGAUCUAUUAGCGCCCCCCUCCCCGCGCCCCGCCUCCCUCUCUGGCCUUUUUUGGGGGAGGAGCUCUCCGAGAUCCGGAGAGUUCCCGAGGGUCACCCGCCGCACUGUGCUCGCUUUUUCGUCUCGCCUUCACCUGGAUAUAAUUUGCGAGCGAAGCUGCCCCCAGGAUGACCACGCUGGCCGGCGCUGUGCCCAGGAUGAUGCGGCCCGGCCCGGGGCAGAAUUACCCACGCAGCGGCUUCCCGCUGGAAGUGUCCACCCCUCUUGGCCAGGGCCGAGUCAACCAGCUCGGAGGAGUAUUUAUCAACGGCAGGCCUCUGCCCAACCAUAUCCGCCACAAGAUAGUGGAGAUGGCCCACCAUGGCAUUCGGCCUUGCGUCAUUUCUCGCCAGCUUCGCGUGUCCCAUGGUUGCGUCUCUAAGAUCCUGUGCAGGUACCAGGAGACAGGCUCCAUCCGACCUGGUGCCAUCGGCGGCAGCAAACCCAAGCAGGUGACAACGCCUGACGUGGAGAAGAAAAUUGAGGAAUACAAAAGAGAGAACCCGGGCAUGUUUAGCUGGGAAAUCAGAGACAAAUUGCUCAAGGACGCUGUCUGUGAUCGGAACACUGUGCCCUCAGUGAGUUCUAUCAGCCGCAUCCUGAGGAGUAAAUUUGGAAAAGGAGAAGAGGAGGAGGCGGAUCUAGAAAGGAAGGAAGCAGAAGAAAGCGAGAAAAAGGCUAAACACAGCAUCGAUGGCAUCCUGAGUGAGCGAGCCUCUGCACCUCAGUCAGAUGAAGGCUCCGAUAUUGACUCUGAACCUGAUUUACCGCUGAAGAGGAAGCAGCGCAGGAGCAGAACCACCUUCACGGCAGAGCAGCUGGAGGAACUGGAGCGGGCUUUCGAGAGAACCCACUACCCAGACAUUUACACCAGGGAGGAGCUGGCCCAGAGGGCGAAGCUUACCGAGGCCCGAGUGCAGGUCUGGUUUAGCAACCGCCGUGCAAGAUGGAGGAAACAAGCUGGAGCCAAUCAACUGAUGGCUUUCAACCAUCUCAUUCCGGGGGGAUUCCCUCCCACCGCCAUGCCGACCCUGCCAACAUACCAGCUGUCGGAGACCUCUUACCAGCCCACGUCUAUUCCACAAGCCGUGUCAGAUCCCAGUAGCACCGUCCACAGACCUCAGCCGCUUCCUCCGAGCACUGUACACCAAAGCACUAUUCCUUCGAACGCAGACAGCAGCUCUGCCUACUGCCUCCCCAGCACCAGGCAUGGAUUUUCAAGCUAUACAGACAGCUUUGUGCCUCCAUCGGGGCCCUCCAACCCCAUGAACCCCACCAUCGGCAAUGGCCUUUCACCUCAGGUAAUGGGACUUCUGACCAACCACGGUGGGGUACCGCACCAGCCUCAGACCGACUAUGCUCUCUCCCCUCUCACUGGGGGCCUGGAACCCACGACCACGGUGUCAGCCAGCUGCAGUCAGAGACUGGAACAUAUGAAGAAUGUGGACAGUCUGCCCACAUCUCAGCCCUAUUGUCCCCCCACCUAUAGCACCGCAGGCUACAGUAUGGACCCUGUCACAGGCUACCAGUAUGGGCAGUAUGGACAAAGUAAGCCUUGGACGUUCUAGGGGGUAGUUCCUCCUGGAAGGGAGAGAGAUCACCUCUUGCUUGAGAACGGGGAACUGGAGGCAUGUUUAAGCCUUUCAUCCCAGUAUCAUUUUUUUGUGGCAAAGACAGCUGAUUGCUACAGCACAGGCUCCCUUGUGUAAUUAUUUGCUUAACUGAUGUCAAUAACAUCUUGCAGUUAUUAAUUGCUGGGACGGAAAACCGGAUUGUCAGUAGGUAAAACACAGAGGUUGGCCAAAAUGAAAUAACCUCUAGCAUUAGAAACACAUGUUCUUAAUGAGGUCAGCGCCAGGAUCAUAUGGGGAUAAGCCCAGGACACAGAGUUGUGUCAAACUUGUCUCAGGAAUAAAAAUAUUAGUCUCGAUCCUUUGAUACCGUGGUAUUAAAUAUGACAUUGUCAGCCUGUAGCUGAUCUUGCCCCUAACUGUGAAUUGUCCCAGCAUGACCUAAAAAGCUGCGUGUGUUUCCUUACAGGUGCCUUUCAUUAUCUCAAGCCAGAUAUUGCAUAAGUGAACUGUCCACUUGGAGCCCUGUUUCCGGCCUCCACAGACUAGACAUGAAGAAUCUUCUCAGAAACAAAACAAUAAAAAAAAUUUAAAAACAAACAAAAAAUAAAUGAAAAAAAAUUCAGCUUUUGGGGGAGGUGGAGACAAAAGAGAUUGAUUUUCUUUCUCCAGUAGUUGCUUUCAGAUUCUUUGAACAUAUUGGACAAAAGGCAGGGGAGACAAGGAAGACCCAGAGCUCUAAAAUGCACCAUUUUUAAGACAGUGAUGUAACUGGCUACAUAUCAAAAUGGCCCCAAAUCUUUGUUGCUGAUCAAAGAAGCUAAAACAUUCCGUGUGUGUGUGUGUGUGUGUGUGUGUGUGAGAGAGAGAGAGAGAGAGAGAGAGAGAGAGAGAGAUUGAUUUUCACGGGGUGGUUUGAGUAAGCAGAAUGUUCCCAUAUAUUGUAGUUGAAUUCCUGAAAGUUAACAGGUUUGAUGUCUAAGGCUGACCAAGUUUAUGACAUUCACACUGCUUAUGUAGUGAAUUGGGAAUGGAGAAAUCCUUGAUUUUGACACACUGGAAACCGAUAUGAAAACCAACACCACCAUUGUAUAGGGCACUAGACUAGAUGUGAAGGAUCUCCCCAGUAAAUUAUUACCAUACCUUCAUUUGUAACCUAGUUAUCAACCGAUGUCCCUGACAUGUCUUGUAAAAAGAUGUGGGAUAAUGAGAAAAAAGUGUGUUAUCUGCUGUGGGGAUAGAUGGAUGUCAUUUACUUCCCAAGUCACAUUGAUUUGGAGGCCAGUUGGUGGGGGGGGGGGAAGGGUAUGAUGUAGAGGAAGUGACACCCAUCACAUAUCUGCUUCUCAGCGUGCAAUACUGUGUACCUCACAGAUGCUUUGGCAAUGGCCAAGGUGAUAGAAAUGAAAUCAGAACUAUAUUUUUGCAGGUGUUUUUAUUUUUGCAGCCCAUAACUCAUCGUAGUAGAGUGCAGUGAUGUUUGCUCGUUGCCAAACAACUCACAUCCUGCUUGUUCCUUUUGUUCAGAGACCAUGUCUGAGAAUCAAGCUCUCUACAGAGAUGGUGUUUACAUUCGUCUCUUUUCUACAAAAGGCAGGGCUAGAACAGAAAUGUCCACGUGGCUCUCAUGUACUUUUAAAUUAUACAACGAUACCCAAUAUUAAAGGAUAUAGGGAACAGGUUUACAUACAUUCAUGUGGUGACAUUUAGGAUGUCAAUAAAUCUGUGUUUUGAAAUGUUAAGAGAAAGAUGAAGGUGGGCGGUGCUGUUAUUUAUUUCUUUCUAUUCUUGGAACCAUGAAUGAGGUAGGCACAAAUACAUUCCCUUUAGAUUUAAGAACAAUGAGGUAGUGUGUUAGCAGGACUAGACAUAGAACUGAGUUAUUUUAUACGUUGGGCAGGGUGAUGGAACAGGAGACAUAGUAUCUUUGUGUUGCAGCCUCAACCAACAAUGAUGUGUUGUAAAAAUGUCUUUCAUGUAAAAAGUGCAGUAAAUAUUUACUAUUUAUAAUGAAUAAACAGUUAAUGAAAAUGUGCCC